AUGGCCAAGCAUCAUCCUGAUCUAAUUAUGUGCAGGAAGCAGCCUGGAAUAGCAAUUGGACGGCUUUGUGAGAAAUGUGAUGGAAAAUGUGUGAUCUGUGAUUCCUAUGUGCGCCCUUGCACCCUUGUCCGGGUAUGCGAUGAGUGCAAUUAUGGAUCAUUUCAAGGUCGGUGUGUCAUCUGUGGAGGGGUGGGGGUAUCAGAUGCAUACUAUUGCAAAGAGUGCACACAGCAAGAGAAGGAUCGUGAUGGCUGUCCCAAGAUAAUCAACCUGGGAAGUGCUAAAACAGAUCUGUUCUACGAACGCAAGAAAUAUGGUUUCAAGAAAUGGUGA